GUUUCCAAAAAAAAUUAAGUUGAGGAAUAUGUGGGUUGAAGCCACAAGAAGAGUUGAUUGGGUUCCUCCUAAAGAUGCUGUCAUCUGCUCUGUUCAUUUUGAAGAGUCCUGUCUAUAUACUACUCCAAAAGGUCAGCAUAAGGUGAUUGAAGGCUCGAUACCAACCAAAUUACUUCUUAAAGACGAUAGUGCUCCUUCAACUUUGGCAUUAACACAAGAUGAGUCCAUGGUUGUGCCGCAUAUAAAGGAAGAGCCAGAAGAAGAACCACAAUGCAGCCAAUCCAAUGGUUCAUCUAGUAGUGCCCAAUCGUUCAUAUCUACUCCAAAUGAGGCAAGCUCAACAAUAGUAACGACUCAUGAUGACAUGAGAAGAUUGUCUGAUAGUGAUUCGCCAGAAACGAAAAAACUGAAAUUGGAAAUUUUAAGACUGGAUAGUGUUUUAGACAGACAGCGAAGAAAUCUUAAACGGUUUUGGCAAAAAAAUCGCAGGCAGAGCAAAAAAAUUAGUUCUCUUAAAGAAAUGUUUUUAGCCAUUGAAAAAUAG